AUGCUCCGCGUGGCCGUGAGGCCGCUGGGCAAUGUCAGGCCCUUGCCCGGAGCAGCCCGGGAGGCUUGGCUGGCUGGCUGGAGCCAAAGCUGCAGGCGUGUGAGUGGCUCACAGCCGCCCCGUUGCGUUGCAGAUUCCCUGGCGGUGAUGUCGGUGGACCUCGGCAGCGAGUCCAUGAAGAUCGCGAUUGUAAAGCCUGGGGUGCCCAUGGAGAUUGUCCUGAACAAAGAAUCACGGAGGAAAACACCAGUGACUGUGGCUCUGAAAGAAAAUGAGCGUCUCUUUGGUGAUAGUGCGCUGGGAAUGUCCAUAAAGAACCCCAAGGUAGCAUUCAGGUAUUUCCAGGACCUGCUGGGCAAGCACAUGGAUAACCCCCAGGUGACGCUGUACCGUUCACGGUUCCCAGAACACGAGCUGGUGAAGGAUGAGAGGAGACAGACUGCUAUCUUCAGGCUGUCAGAAGAAAUGCAGUAUUCUCCAGAAGAAGUAUUGGGCAUGAUCUUGAACUAUUCACGUAGUCUGGCUGAGGAAUUCGCAGAACAGCCCAUCAAGGAUGCAGUGAUCACUGUCCCAGCCUACUUCAAUCAGGCAGAGAGAAGGGCAGUCCUCCAUGCUGCUCAGAUGGCAGACUUGAAGGUCUUGCAGCUGAUCAAUGAUAACACUGCUGUGGCACUGAACUAUGGGGUGUUCAGAAGGAAGGAAAUCAAUGCCACGGCACAGAAUAUAAUGUUUUAUGAUAUGGGAGCUGGAAGCACUGUGUGCACCAUAGUGACGUAUCAGACAGUGAAGACCAAGGACUCGGGGACUCAGCCUCAACUGCAGAUCCGAGGUGUUGGAUUUGACCGCACGCUGGGAGGGCUGGAGAUGGAGCUUCGGCUCCGGGAUUACCUGGUGAAGCUCUUCAAACAGCAGCAACCUUCAAAAGAUGUGCGGCAGAACCUGCGGGCCAUGGGCAAGCUGCUGAAGGAGGCUAACCGCCUGAAGACUAUCCUGAGUGCCAAUGCUGACCACAUGGCCCAGGUCGAGGGGCUCCUGGAUGAUGUUGACUUCAAGGCCAAGGUUUCCAGGCAGGAGUUUGAAGACCUAUGCUCUGAUUUGUUCCAGCGGGUCCCUGGGCCGGUGCUGCAGGCACUGAGCAGUGCAGAGAUGAAUCUGGACGAAGUUGAUCAGGUGAUUCUGGUGGGAGGCGCCACCCGCGUCCCCAAAGUGCAAGAGAUUUUACUGAAAGCUGUGGGCAAGGAAGAGCUGGGGAAGAACAUCAAUGCUGAUGAGGCAGCUGCGAUGGGUGCAGUCUACCAGGCAGCAACUCUGAGCAAGGCCUUCAAGGUCAAGCCCUUCCUAGUACGGGAUGCAGCUACUUUCCCCAUCCAGGUGGAGUUCACCCGGGAGGUUGAGGAGGAGGACAAGUCCAAGAGCUUGAAGCACAACAAGCGGAUCCUGUUCCAGCGCAUGGCCCCGUACCCACAGCGCAAGGUUAUCACAUUCAACCGCUACACGGAUGACUUCGAGUUCUACGUUAACUAUGGGGACCUGUCUUUCCUGAGCCAGGAUGACCUACGUAUCUUUGGGUCCCUGAAUCUCACCACUGUGCGGCUGAGAGGAGUCGGGGACAGUUUCAGGAAGCGCUCGGACUACGAGUCCAAAGGCAUCAAAGCUCACUUCAACAUGGAUGAGAGCGGAGUGCUCAGCCUUGACCGGGUGGAGUCUGUGUUUGAGGCUGUGGUUGAGGACAAGCCAGAGGAGGAGUCAACUUUAACAAAGCUUGGAAACACAAUCUCCAGCCUGUUUGGAGGAGGGGGCCCAACUUUGGAAACAGGAGAGAACCUGACAGAGGCUGUUCAGGAGGAUGAGGAGAACCAGGUGGAAACAGCCAAGGAGGAGAAACAGGGCCAGGAGAAUGGAGCAGAGGCUGCCAGCAAGGAGCAAGGGGAAGAAAAGCAGCAACCGCCAGAGUCGUCGACACAAGAUAAAACCGGGGCUGCCGCUACAGAGGCCGACGAGCAGGAGAAGGGGGAAGGGGAGAAGCCCAAGGAUCAGGAUCCCAAAGAAAAGGAAGACUCCAAGAAAGAGGAGGAAUCACCCAAAAGUCCUAGUGAUGGUGCAGCCACUAAAUUAGAGGAGGAAAAGAAACCCAAAGCUCCCAAGAAGCAGAAGCUGGUGGAUGAGAUAAACAUAGAACUGGAUGUCAAUGAUGUGCUGGACCUUCUGAAGGAUGAGCUGAAGAGCUCAGCAAAGAAACUCCAGGACCUGACCAUCAGAGACUUGGAGAAGCAGGAGAGGGAGAAGUCAGCCAAUAGCUUGGAGUCCUUCAUCUUUGAGACCCAGGACAAGCUUUUCCAAGAGGAAUAUCAGUUUGUGUCAACAGAGGAGCAGAGAGAAGAAAUCUCCAGAAAACUAAGUGAAGCCUCCAACUGGAUGGAGGAGGAAGGGUAUGCGGCUACAACCAAGGAACUGAAGGAAAAGCUUAUAGAGCUGAAGAAACUUUGUAAGGGCCUUUUCUUUCGUGUGGAGGAAAGGAAGAAGUGGCCGGACCAUCUGGCUGCCCUGGAGAGCCUACUCAACCACUCCAGCAUCUUUCUCAAGGGAGCCCGGAUGAUUCCUGAGCCUGAUCAGAUAUUCACAGAAGUGGAGCUGAGUACCCUAGAGAAGGUUAUUAAUGAAACAACGAUCUGGAAAAAUGAGACCCUGGCAGAACAGAAUAAACUUCCUCCCACGGAGCGGCCGGUCUUGCUGUCCAAGGACAUAGAGCUGAAGAUUGGUGCUUUGGACAGAGAAGUGCAGUACCUCCUGAACAAGGCAAAGUUUGCAAAACCGAGACCCAAGAAGGAAAAGAAUGCCACUAAAACUGACUCGGGCAAGAAUUCCACAUCUCCCCCUGAGAGUGAGAGGAUCAUCCCUCCCAAGGAGGAGAAACGGGAAGGUAAACCAGAGGAUGCUAGUCCAGUCAAAGAACCUCCUACAUCCGAGAGAGAAGCAGCAGGUGACGAGCUGGGACCAGAUACAGAACCUGGGAAAACACAGAAGCAAGAAGCUGGAGGAGAGAGCAGGACAAAUGAUGAGUUAUAACACCCCUGAAAUUCCGUCUAACAUCAGCAUCUAUUUAUUUAACAGUUACUUUGUUUUUUUAUAAUGGACCUGGUUAGCUUCAGUGUAAAUGGAACAUGAUGAGCAGGAUGACAACAAAAUGCAAUAGAGAUGUACAUUUUCUUUUUUUCCCCCCCCCCGGGGAUCUUGUCAUUACUAAUUUUAGAGAGUUGGGUUUUGUCUUUCUGUUCUGUUUCACGUGUUUAAAAGAUGACUGUUCUCACACAAGCUGUCAUUGCGUUUCAGUACUGUCCCAAUAGUGUCACCACAAGUGGCUUUUCUCAUAGAUGAAAAUCAGUAAAAAAAAAAAAUGUUUUUUAAGCUUUAAGGAAACAUCUUGGAACCUCCACUCUUUGCCACAACUCAUCUGGUGAAGAUGCAGGUGUUAAAGUACCCAGGAACUCAUGUGGCUGAAUGUCCGUUUGCAGAUGAGGUACUGAU